GCUUCCCUUCUCCAGGACGGGGGAAAUGGGCGAGGCAGCACGAGAUUUGUUGUCCAAGGCGGACAAGAAGCUCAAGGGCGGGCUGCUCAGCUUCUUGUCUGGCUCGUCGCGGUACGAUGAGGCGUGCGAACUCUACCAGCAGGCGGCGAACCAGUUCAAGCUGCAAAAGAUGUGUAAGCGGACACAAAGGCAGACGCAUCCUCUCAUUAUCUGUCGCUGAUCUGUGUGUGUUGUGUGUUGGCUACGGCAGGGCAAGAUGCGGCCGAGGCGUUCAUCCGGUGUGCGCAUUGCCAGCACCAGUUGCAGAGCGCAACGGAGGAGGCCAACUUCCUCAUGGAGGCCGCCAGUGUCAUGAGGAAAUACUCCACUUCAGGUGCACAACACACACACACACACACACGUGUGCACAUCCCACCAGUGUUGAUCUGUACAAUGCCUCCCUCUUUCCUGUCCUCUCUCCCUUUGUGUCGCUGCGCGUCGGUUUGUGUGCUGGUGCAGAUGCCGUGGAGCAGUACAACAAGGCAGUAGAGCUGUACAGCGCUGCGGGUCGUUUUGCCCAGUCGGCCAAGAUCCUCAAGCAGGUGGCGGAGCUCUACGAGGGCGAUGGCGACUACGAGCGGGCCGUUCAGUUCUACAGGAGGGCCGCUGACUUGUUCGAAAUGGACGACUAUGGAAAGUCAGCCAGUCACAGCCACCAUACCAGACAGACACACAAAGGCGAUGGAUGCCUGUUGUGUAUGUGUGGAUGUCUGCGCGCAGGUCUCAGUUGACGGCGUGUAUGCUCAAGAUUGCCGAGUACAUCGCACGGUACGAGAAGAAGCUCGAGGAGGCCAUUCAGGUCAGCCAGUCCACCAGCCAGCAGACCCUUCGACGAUGGAGGCGCAUCCGUGUCUUGUGUCCCUCGCGGCAUUGUCAGAUUUUUGAGAAGGAGGGCCAGAAGGCGUUGCAGAACAGUCUGAUCCAGUUUGGCGCCAAGGAGCACUUUCUCAAGGCGGGCAUCCUGCACCUGGCGACCAACGUGGGCAGGCACAUCACACCACACACACACCCAUGAACGCACAUUGCCAUCCAUCCAUCCAUCGGUGGUGUGUGCGGGUGCGUGUGUGUCAUCAGGACGCCGUGAAUGCCAAGUUGGCCUACGAGAAGUACGAGGCCAUGGACCCAAGGUGGGCGGCCCACCGAUUCACUCGCACACAGAGAUACACAAAGCAAAAAUGCGGUCUCUGCGUGUGUGUAUGUGUGACAGAUUUGGUCCGUCGCGGGAAGGACAGCUCCUCAAGGUCCGCACAGUGCAUGUUCGAACACAUUUGACGGCGAGCGGUGCCACAACCCUCGGCCGUGGUGUGGUUGCUCUUUUGUGUGCAGGCGAUGGUUGAGGCCUUCGAGCAGAACAACGUCGACCAGUUUGUUGAAGCCAUGUGAGCCCCACACACCACCCAUCAUACGUGUGUGUCGUGUGUGUGUGUGAUGGUUAUGUGCGUGGUGUCAGCCACGAGUAUGACACCAUCACCAAGCUGGAUGCCUGGAAGACACACUUCCUCUACAAUGUGAGCCAGCAAAUGCCGACCAGCACACCACACGGGCUGCCUCUUGAUGUGUUGUGUGUGCUUCAUUGUGUGGUGCAGGUGAAGGAGCAGAUGGCGCCCUCAGCUCCCGAGGGCGAGGGCGGGGAGGUGGACCUCACCUGACUGAGGGAGGGCACGUGUGUGCGCUGAGUGAGUCAGCGUGUUUUUGACUGACUGGAGUGAUAGAGGCUGCGAAGAUGAUGCACUCGAUGCAUGCAGAAGCUUUUUCUCGUGACUGAAUAAAUCCUUGACUCAACUUUUGAUAUGUAUUCCA